UGUCACAUUAAACUUGAAACAAAUGUAUAAAGACUUUGCAUGAAUGGAUCGAAAACUGCAUUACUGCUAUUCAGCUGAUAAUACCUCAUGUGCCAAAGUAGUUCGAAAGCAUGAGGAGUAUGUGAUGCUUUAUAUUUUCAGUGUAUUUGUAAUUAUAGUAACACUGUGUGGAAAUAUAUUUGUGAUUAUUUCUAUUUCUCACUUCAAGCAGCUUCAUACCCCUACCAACUGCCUUGUACUUUCUCUAGCAGCUGUGGAUUUUUUAUUGGGAUUGUUUGUAAUGCCUUUUCAUUUUGCUGCAUACAUUGAAUAUUGCUGGUAUUUUGGUGAGUUUAUGUGCUAUUAUUUUUACCUGAUGUAUCUUUUCUUAACCUCAGCUUCUGUAAGCAACCUGGUUUUUAUUUCAGUUGAUAGAUACCUUGCUGUGUGUAACCCAUUCUUUUACACUUCUAACGUAACCAUUUUUCGAACAAUGUUGUGUAUUGCUAUAGGUUGGUUGUCAGCUCUUUCAUACACAUUGGCAUACCUGAAAAGUGAUGGCAGCACCAUUUUAACAGGGUGUGCAGGUGCUUGUGGUUUUGAUUUUCUUCCUGCAUGGGGCAUGGCAGAUUUUUUAUGUACAUUUGUUCUGCCUUUUUCUGUCAUUUCAUGUUUUUAUUUCAGAAUAUUUAUAGUUGCAAGAAGACACGCAAGAGCCAUUAAUUUAUUUUUACAGAAAAAGCCACCUGCACAAUUAAACAGCAAGACUUCAUUAAAAUCAGAAACCAAAGCUGCCAGGACGUUAGGAAUUGUAGUGGUAGUUUUUAUGAUCUGCUGGUUUCCUCAGCUUGUUUUGGCUGCUUACUUCUUAUAUGCACCUGUUCCUGACCGAUAUAUUUCCACUAUACUCUCUGGACUAACUUUGAUAAGUUUAAUAAAUUCUGGAAUCAAUCCAGUUAUUUAUGCCUUUUUUUAUCCAUGGUUUCAACAAUGUAUGAAAUUAAUUGUGUCUCGUAAAAUAUUUUGUCCAGGAUCUUCUGUCAUCAACUUAUUUUCAGAAUCUUCUCACUGAACCAGAUUACUAAAGCAAAAUAUUCAUCUGGAUAUACAGGGGAUCAAAUGUAAAGUGACUAUCCACUUGAGAACUUAUAUUGACAGGUGAAAAUUAAACUUAUAUACAGGUAUGCUUUCUUGUGUUAAUGCAAUUAAAUACAUUUAUUUUCAAAGUAAGAGUAUUAUAGGAAUUAACAUGGGUUGCAAUAA